GCCGCGCGUGUGCAACGCAUUGUUGAGUUGAGUGGCAGACGCGACGUGACAUGGACAGCAGGUGUGUUGCUGGUGAAAAUGAGGUGUUGACAGGAAAGAGAGCUUGGCGGUUCAGUGCCAGCUUGAGACUUGAGAACGCUUUUGCGCUCAGGUUAUUGCGAGGAGCAGGACAACGCGGAGUAAAGAUACCCUGAAAGAUGGAUGUCAGGAUUUAGGUUGUCUCAAGGAUGCAGCCCACCUACGAGGUUAGUUGGGGAGAGCUUGGCACGACGCAUCGAUGCACCGUGUUUCUUCAAAGACUGACGGCCAUUGCAUUGCAGCAAGAAAGGCAGCCAGCAGAAUGCACGGUUGUAGACAGGAAGACUUCGAUACUCCCGGACCAUUUUUGGUGGUCAACUGUAGCUGCAUGUUGGAGAGACAGGAGCUCCUAGUAGCCCUCUCGCUCCUAGUAGUAAGGCCAGGAGCCCCUAAUAGCGUCCUUGCUCCUAGUAGCGAUGCCAGGAGCCCCUAGUAGCCUUCUUGCUCCUGGUUCGCCUCUACUCUUGCGUUUGUUGCCUUUUCUUGUUCCCAUUGCUUCAAUGUAGUCAACUUCCAUUGGAGCUGCUCCUGUGCUCUGCAUUGCUCCCCAGCGUGAGCGCCAGGCGAUCAAUUAACUUGCUUUCUAAAUGCCCUUUGCUCCUGUAGCGUCGUUGCUCCUAGUAGCGAUGCCCUUUGCUCCUAGUAGCGUCCUUGCCCAAUCAAAACAGGAGUUUUUCAAUAUUGCGCAAUGCAGUCCAAGGCUGGCGAGGGCUGAGCUGUUCACGCGCGCGGUCGCGUUGUACGCGACGCCGAAGUUCUUGCAAGGGCAGCACUUCUGGUUGCGUAGCAUGUAGCGAGUGAGCGGAGGCACAGACCUCUGGGCAAUAACAAGACUAUAAACCACUGUAGGCAAGCGCUAGCCGAAGAAGGCAAAAGAAAAUUCUUUGAGUGGGUGGUGGAGCGCUUGCUGCCAUGCCCAGGUUUGACGCAGGUGGUUUGGGGCUUUGCAAGUGUCUGGACCUGACAUGUUUGUUGAUGCUCCUGCCAUGCGAGUGUUUCAGUUGAUGUUGGACUACAAAGUUCUUCUUCAGGUUCAAUACAGGAAUGUUUCGUUCAUGCAUGAAGCUGCGAAAUACAUCAUCAAGUCGGGAGUAUCAGCUUUGAAGCCCUUGGCACUUUGGCGGUGUGCUUCUGCGUACAACUCCAUGUUGAUGAACAACAAGGAAAUCAAACAGGCCAUUCUGGUGGAGGCAUGCAACAAAAAGAAUGACUUCUCCUUGAAGGGCUUGACCCGUUUGCUGGAGUGCUAUACCAUGUGCCAUCCCUCUCCAGAGCAGGAGACUCUUGAACAGGUCUUGGAUGCACGGCUUGAAGCUGUAGCUUUGCAACUGAGCCAGCUUUUCACGCCUUCUUUUCCAUCUGACAUCCCAGACCCGGACCCUAAGAUCCUGGAGUUCCUGAUCCAGUCGGGUCUUUUGGACUUGCAAACGCAAGGGCUGAAGUUCAUUCUCAAGAAGCUCCAAUUCAGUACGCCCAGCUGGUCUUUCAUGUCCAAGUGCUUGAAGAAUUCGAGAGCUUCUUCUCAGUUGUCCAAGACUUUGGUUAUCGCGGAGAUUGCGAUCGCGGGUUUGGCUCCUUUCAUGGUAACACGCAGCGACAAGAGCGAAGAAGAUGGCGCUUCGGCGAAGAAGCGGUUUGUGGAAGUAUUUCCAGCUGCCUCGCCAGAUGGCAAGGUUAUGCAGUCUGCGCUUGAGAGUGUGUGUGCAAAACUUCUCUCAGACCAUGGCGAAGAAAGUCAGGCCCAGGACGGUUGCCUCCAGAUCAUGCUGUCUCAGAAGGUUCAUCCUACUCCUUCCGCGAAUAUCAUCGCCCUGCUACUUCAAUUUCGAUCCAAAUUUCCCAAGGUCAAGAUUUUAUUUACAGAAAUAUUGUUGAAUCCUGACAUAUUGACUAAAUUUUUAUAUCAUUAA